UCGCCAUUUUGCAAAACGAAAGUGUCCAAAAUGGAGGUGCGAGUUCUAGUCGUGGUGUUGCUAGGGGUGUUAACGGUGUCUGCCAGGACUGAUGUCCUGGAGAGGAGGAACAAUAGACUUAUCGACAGAAUUAAGUCACAAGGUUAUUCCGCCGAACUCCACCGAGUGGUCACAAAAGACGGCUAUGUUCUGGGCCUGCAUCGCAUACCCCAUGGGAAAAACGGGUCUCCGGGACCGAGGCCUGUCGUCUUCGUGAUGCACGGUCUCAUGAGCGCCUCCAGUCACUUCGUGCAUUUAGGCUCCGAAUAUGCCCUUGCAUACAACCUGGCUGACGCUGGUUACGACGUGUGGAUGGGCAACCACCGCGGCAACAGAUACUCCCGCGAACACGUCUCCCUCAACCCUAACGACUCCGUAGAAAAGUUGGAGUUCUUCGACUACAGCUAUGAAGACGUCGGACUCAUCGACUUGCCAGCGAUGAUCGACUACGCACUGGCAGCCUCGAGGCAGGAGAAGCUGCACUACAUCGGACACUCCCAGGGAGGAACAGUCUUCUUAGCCCUAGCUUCGUUGGACCCUGAGUAUAGUAACAAGAAGAUCGCGAGCGCUCAUCUGCUGGCUGGUGUUGGAUAUUCGGAUAAUUUCCCGUCUGCCCCGUUGAAGAAGGUCUCAGAUUUUGGAGGCAUUAUCUACACUUUGGGUAGCCGCUUGGGAAUAGUGGAAAUAUCGUUUGACGCGUUACGACGGUCUGAGCGGCAGGCAGUUGAGGCAAUGGAACAAGAUGGAGUCGUGGAUUUCUGCGCUGGCGAUGGGGUGUAUAAGGCAUACUGCGAAAUGAUCGGAGUUCCCUAUUUAUUGGGUGACCGUCUAAGCCUUCCCGUCGUUCCUGAAAUGGGCGGUGCAUCGCUGAAGCAACUGGCCCACUUCGCCCAAAACAUCAAAGAUGGGAAAUUCAGACGUUGGGACUACGGACCAGUCACCAAUCUUCGAGUCUACAGAUCUUUCAUUCCCCCAUCAUUUGACCUUAGGAAAAUCACCAUUGAUGUCACCAUGCAUUAUUCUCUUAGCGAUAUCGUCUUGAACGAGCUAGAUGUAUUGGCUAUGGCCGCUGUAAUGCCCAAUAGCAAAGCCAGGAAAAUCGAAAGAGAUACGUUUAAGCAUGAAGAUUAUAUUUUCUCAAAAGAUUCUAAGGAAUUGGUGAAUGAUCAUAUAAUUGAAGCAUUAAACCAGUUUUGAGCCUAAUCAUGACUGCAAUUUGUUACUGUUUGUGGCGUUACCAAGCAAAAGUGUUACUUUGUCGCUUGGUGGACGCUUGUUCGUCUAAAAACAGGAGAACAAAGUUCGUCCUAACGGUAAACGUCAAAAUGGGACCUACGGACUACAUUUCAAAACACUUAAACUUGACAAGUAUAGUAUUUUAUGCAACUGAUGGUUAAAAGAGGUCAAAAAAGGUGAGUGGCGUGGGUAACAAUUUGAGGCGAAGCCGAAAAUUGUUAAUAAAGACGCCACGAGCAUUUUUUGACUCAGUUAAAC